CCGGCCCCGCCCAGGAGGGGCGGCCGCGCUGCGCCGCCAUGUCGGGAGCGGCGGGGCCGGGGCAGGGGCCGCCCGCGGGGCCGGGCCGUUCCCCGCUGCCCUGCGCCCCCCGCCCCGCCGCCGUGCUCCAGCUGGGCGGGGGGGCCGAGCCGGCGCGGCCCGGCGUCGCCGUUAUCGACCUCCGCUUCCCCCGCGGCGCCGCCGCCGACGUACAGGAGAUCGUCUUCAGGAACUUCUACACGGCCUACCUGAGCGUGCGGGUGCAGCGCCCCGGCCCCGCCGGCUCCCGCCGCUGGGUGACCUGCCUGCGGGACUACUGCCUGAUGCCCUGCCCGCACACCGAGGAGGGCUCCCAGGACUACUUCUCCCUCCACCGCCACCAGCAGAUGCUGUGUGACGUGGACCAGGUGACGGCGAUGCGGUUCAUCCUGCGGCAGCCGUCCCCGGUCUGGCUCCACUUCACCAUCGAGGAACUGCAGAUUUUCCCCCCUGGACAGAAGAGCCCCCAGAAGGAUUUCCCAUCCUGGCUCUCCCAGCUGACCCCUCCGGAGCAGCCAGCCAGCCUGCACGGGGAGCUCCCCGACCCGGAGAAGGUGUCGACAGAGGUCCAGCAAAUGUGGGUGCUGACAGAAGUGAUCCGGGCUCGCCAGGCAGCCGCCCGCAUCGGGCGCUUCGACGUGGACGGCUGCUACGAUAUCAACCUGCUUUCCUACACGUGAGCCCUGCCGGUGGGAGCCAGCUCCUUCGCGCUCCUGGGGCUGAAGCAGACAAGUGCACUCCCACACGGGCCUUCGUCUCUGCGGCCCCAGGGGGGGUUCCAGGCCCUCCCUGUGCCCCUUCCCUGGCUCCUCCUGCGCUGGCUGGCGGCAGUGGGCAGAGCCGUCGCCCCGGAGUCCCCCCGUGAGCCUCCCGGCACCUCCCGUGCCGUCGCUCGCUGCUGCGGGCAGAGCCUGGCUCCCCCACCCUACCUCUGUCCUGGGCAGCAGCCCCUGGCCCUGCCUGCGCUGCCUGCGCUGCCUGCGGGACGGGGGUCUUGCAGACAGGGGGGGUGCU